AUGCUGCGGCUGCUGGGACUUCUGCAGAUCUGGAGGCUACAAGCUCUGGACAAUGGUCUGGCGCGUGUACCUGCCAUGGGCUACAACACCUGGUACGACUUUGAAUGUUCUGAUGGGAUGAACGAGUCGACGUUGCGAGACGUGGCUGAUGCCAUGGUGAAAAGCGGCUUAAGAGACCUCGGAUACCGGUAUUUAAAUCUGGAUGACUGUUGGGCCAAGAGUCGCAAGGACGAUGGAACUUUGGUAGCCGAUCAGGCAAAGUUUCCUGAUGGAACGCUGAAGCCGUUGGCGGACUAUGUUCACAGCAAGGGUCUGCUCUUUGGCACCUACACGGAUCGUGGGGACCUAACCUGUGCUGGUCGACCCGGAGCUGCCAGGCACGAGGAGAUUGAUGCCAAGACCUAUGCCCUGUGGGGCGUGGACUACCUCAAGGAGGACAGUUGCAACGCCAGUGGAGACCACCAAACUGCCUUUGCAGAGUACGGCAAGAUGCGCGAUGCACUGAACAGCACGGGGCGCAAGGUGCUCUUCAGCCUGUGCGGUUGGAGCAGUUGGUAUGCACCGGUGGGCGCCUUGCUGGGCAACAGUUGGCGCAUUGGGCCCGACGACAACAACUGGGAUGGGGUGCUCAGGAACAUUGACAUCAUGAAUGGCUUGCAGAAGUAUGCAGGCCCUGGCGGCUGGAACGACCCGUGCCUCCUCUUGAGUCGCAAAUGGUCGGGUCAGCAACGCAUGACGGAGCUGCAAACACGCGCGCAAUUCUCCAUUUGGGCUGUGCUUGCAGCUCCCUUGCUGAUCAGUGGCAGCGUGUUGAACAUGACAUCAGAGACCUUGGCGACAUACAGCAACAAGGAAGUUAUUGCUGUGAACCAGGAUGUGGCCGGCCACCAGGGCUGGAGGAUCCAGGGCAGGGCACUGGCAGAUGGGUCGAGUGUUGGAAACAUUUGGGCCAAGCCUCUCUCGGAUGGUGCCUUCGCCCUGGUUUUUCUGAACGUUGCCACGGAGGAGUUGAAGCUGACCUGUGAUGAGGACUGUUUCGGCUCACUGGGCUUUCACAAAAGCGACCGGCUGACGCUACGAGACUUGUGGGCUCAUAAGCCUUUGGCCGAGAUGCGUCCGCAAGAGGGCUUGGUGGCGGGGCUGCCCCCUGCUGGAGGACAUUUCAUGGUCUUAGUGAAGAAGAAAGUCGACGAAAAUCAGGCCAAAGAUACGCAAGACGAGUACGAGUCGGGCUUUGCUGAGAAGUACUUGCAGGCGGCAGCUGCGAUGCAGGGUCCCUCUGACGCUGGCGAACGCGCUGGGAAUGACGCCGCGACGCCCUCCAAAGAAAGCCAUGAGGGGAAUGAGAAGAUGGGCAACAUGAUGAAGGCCAUGAUGAGCAUGAUGCCGAUGAUGAUGGGCAUGAACCCUAUGAUGAUGGGUGGCUGCGGAAAGGGCGGCAGCUGUGGAAGCAACUGUGGCUGCGGAGGCUGCGGCGGUUGCGGCUGCGGCUGCGGUGGCUGCGGUAGCUGUGGUGGCUGCGGUGGCUGCGGUGGCUGCGGUGGCUGCGGUGGUUGCGGUGGCUGUGGCAACUGCGGCUGUGGAUGUUGCGGUGGUUGCGGCUGCCCUUGCGGCGGGUGCGGAGGAUGCGGUUGUGGUAGCUGCGGUGGAUGUGGGAGUUGUAGCAGUUCCUGUGGCUGUGGCAACUGUGGCAACUGUGGCUGCAGCGGUUGCGGGUGCUGUGGCAAUUGUCCCGGCUGCGGAAAUUGCAGCGGCUGUGGAACUUGCGGAGGUUGCGGAAACUGCGGCUGCGGAAAUUGCGGCUGCGGAAAUUGCGGCUGUGGAAAUUGCGGCCCCUGCUGUGGAUGUGGUUGCAACUGUGGUUGUGGCGGUUGCGGCUGUGGCUGUGGAGGAUGUGGUUGCGGUGGCUGCGGGGGGUGUGGUGGCUGUGGCUGCGGAGGUUGUGGAGGUUGUGGCUGUUGUGGCUGUGGUGGUUGCGGGGGCUGUGGUUGUGGCUCCUGCGGCUGCGGUCCGUGCGGUUGCACUGGCUGCGGCGGCUGUAAUGGUUGUGAUGGUGGAUGUGGCGGCUGCUGCGGCAACGGCGGAUGUGCCGGUGGCAAUGGAUCAACUUCAGAUGCUCCAACCUCUGUUGCUCUGCGGACGGAGUCGAGCAAGGAGCGGUCCCAGCCCUACUGA